AUGAAUAAGACGACUCCCGAUAUUAUUACCUUGCGAACAAUCGCCGAAAUUGAAGCAGCAACCGAGGAGCUUAGCUUGACUGGGAAAUACGACAAAACGGUCCGGGUUAAGAAGCACUUUAUUGUCAAAUAUGGCCACAGUGUUCUACUUUUUGAAACAGAGAGUAUCAAGUUUCUAACAACGAACAGCAACGUCCCUGUACCAAAGGUGCACGCAGCCUUUGUCGACGAGCAAACCAGCCAGACUUUUAUCAUCAUGGAAUGCAUUCCUGGCGAUAAUAUGAAGAAGCUGUUACCUUCGCUCAACCUUCGCUCACUUCCAUUGAGAAGGAAAUAA